GUCGCUUGUUCCUUCUGUCACAGAGUUGAUACUGGCUGAGUUUCUUUACCUUCAGUAUGAAGAUACGGAGAAGCUAUUUACUUGUACAUAAACUUCGCCGGAACAACCAAGUUCAUGGCUGAGUUUAGUUUGUUUGGAAGUAAAUGGGGUGUUUGAGGUUGUCAGCUAUCUGUCUUUUUGACUUAAACAAUUAAAUGAAGUUGGGCAGUUUAGGCGACUCAUGCUCUUUUUUUAGUAAGACUUCUCAGUUCUACAAUCUAAGGAUUUGGAGAUGGGAGAGGGGAUGGCUUGGAAGAACCAAGAGCAACUAGGAAAUAGCAGUAUCUAUCAAUUACAAGAAUAGCAUGGCAAGCUUGGACCCUAAACCAACCAUGAUUAGCAGCUACUACUAUCUACUAUGUUUCUUCCCCAUUCGUUUUUUUUUAAUCUGGUAUUUGCGACCCAUGCUGUAGAAUGGCCAACUGAAAGAGCAGGAAGAAAAGCCACCUACCUACUUCACAAAUAAAAUAGUACAAGAAUUUAUAUUUAUGCACACUUACCCUCUGGAAAAAACACACUUGUAAUCUUCCUUCCCGCUGGCCGACGUCAAUUUAAACGUGCCAAUGCUUGAAAUUUUUCAAUAUCAAUUUAUGAUUACAAAACCUGCAAAAACAGAACAAAAUUAAAGAGUGCUCUCACCCCUAAUUUUUGAAGUCAUUAACUUAAAAUUCUCCACCACAAGUGACAGCACUCUAAGAGCUUAGCUACUUGCUUACUGGUUUGACAGUCGUGGCAGUGCGUUGCAACCUACCAAAUGAUGGCUUUUGGGUGGGUUAUUGCAGUUGUUUCUAAACUAGCGCCUUUCUCUUCAUGGCUUUUGGGUGGGUUAUUGCAGUUGUUACUAAACUAACGCUUUUCUCUUCUGAGUCGGUCAACAAUACUUAUCAGCCUAUUAAAGAUGGUAGUACUGAUUUAGAUUUGAUAGGACAGACUUGGUGUUGGUGGGAUUUUACGAUCAGAUUUUGUUUUUGACUAAAAACAAGCUACGUUUAAGAGGUAACGCUACAUGAUUCUAUGGUAACGUAAUCAUAUUAAGAGUUCACUAACGUCGGUCUACUCCAUCUUCUUGUUAUUGUCCACAAAGACAAGAGAAGCAAAGUCUCCAUUCCUCAUUUUCCAUUGACCUGCCAAAUGUCCAAAAUUUUAAUUACUUUCCUGUAGAAAAUGUAGAAUAUGUUAAGGUUUACCGGGUCUUUCACGUUUGCCACGCUAAUUUGUUAAAAUCUUCGAAUUGUUGACAAGGAGUCCUGCUAUAUUCAUAUUGACAUCUUCAAGAUUAGGCUAUUCAUAGAUUGGUGCAAAAACUUUCGUUUCUGAGCUUAGAAUGGAUCACAGAUUGAAGAAGGCUGCUGAGAAUGGAGAUGUAGAUAUGCUAUAUGCGUUACUCGCUCAGGAUCCAUACCUUUUGGAUCGUAUUGAUCAGAUUCCAAUUGUUGAGACUCCAUUACAUGUUGCUGCAUGCUUUGGGAUGACUCAUUUUGCUUUGGAAAUUGCUACCCUGAAGCCAUCUCUUGCACUUAAGCUGAACCAUAUUGGCCUUAGCCCCAUGCAUCUGGCUCUACAAAAUGGACAUAUCCACACAGUAAGAGGGCUUAUAACAAUUGAUCCUGAGCUCAUUCGGGUAAAAGGAAGGGGGAGGUUUACUCCUUUGCACUAUGUAGCUGGAACAGAAGAACUCGAUCUCUUGGCUGAAUUUUUAUCAGUUUGUCCAGGUUCCAUCGAGGAUUUAACUGUUCGUUGUGAGACUGCAGUUCAUGUUGCUGUGAAAAAUCACAAGUCUAGAGCUGUUAAUGUCCUGGUUGGUUGGCUUAAGCGUGUGAACAAGGAAGAGAUCCUGAACUGGAAGGAUGAGGAUGGUAACACUAUCUUGCAUAUUACAGCAUGUACAAAUCAACCCGAGGUCAUGAAGUCAAUUAUUAGGAAUGUGAAUGUGAAUGCAAAGAAUCUCCAAGAUUUAACAGCUAUGGACAUCUGCCUUCAACACGAAUUACAGCAGACAGAAGUUGGGGAUAUUCUUCGCAGUGCCAAAGCUAAACGGGCUUCAUCUCUUGCUACCUUUACCAUAAGCCUUGCAAAUUACUUAAGUCAGGAACUAUCGCUCCUAGAGAAAAGGGACAAGUACCUAGGGCUUAAAGGCCAAAAUAAAAGGAAAUCCCCCAGCAACAUCGGAAAUGUAAUACUUGUGGUGGCUAUAUUGAUGGCAACAGCCGCUUACCAAGCUGUUCUCAGCCCUCCAGGUGGAUUUUGGCAAGAUGACUACAAUCCGCCAGUCAACAACACCUACAAUCUCUCUGCCACAAACCUGAGGAAUGGAGAUCAGCGACCACAUUGGGCAGGAGAUAUGAUCAACUCCCCAACGAAUAUCAUCUUCUUUUUCACCCUUAAUAGUGCGACCUUUUAUGCAUCCGUAUCCACCAUUCUUAUAAUCAUAAUGGGGCUCCCUUACUCUACCACAUUAUAUAUUUCAGCAUGUUUUUUCUUAUUAGCUUAUUCGUCUUUAUUGGCAGACACCUACCCCUAUCCGCCUCAUCAAAGUUUAACAAAGAAAGUUGCAGGUCUUGCAUAUGUGCAUGUAACUUACCUGUUCUCGGCCAUGAUUAUCGUGAUUACGUUGGUGGCAUUUGUUCGACAUAAGAGGCGGAAGUGGAGAGUAGAUUUUCUGACAAGAAAUCUGGGGGAUGCUAUAUGAACAUGUAAAACCUGCAGACAAUUUCCUCUAACACAUUAUGUUUCACCCAUAGUUAGCAUGGGGCUGUUUCGACUUACGAGUUUCCGCUGU